AAUUAAUGAUCCCUCUUUGAAAGAUUAACUAAGAGGCCUGGUUUAUUAGCUGGAUGACAAUCCCUCAUUCAGUGCCUCAAUCAGGCAGCGGGGGCUCUGUGCAGUUGAGUGCUGGCAGGGAGCUGGUUAACACUGAGACGGCUGGCUGGUUUUAAUAGGGAGGUAGUGGAGAGAGGGCGAGGUACAGCACACAGCACAGCCGACACCUGCAAACACUUGACUGGACUCGUACAUAGAGGCAGCGCGUCUGACUCUGGAAUACUAACGGACUUGCUCCUUAUGAUAUUGUGAAAGAUGACAGUGCGACUGGAAUUGGGAAAGUUUUUCUGAGCUCCGCGUUAAUUCUCAAAGGGUAACCGGUUAAUGAACGCAAGAUAGUACUUUAACUGCGCCGACUGGAAACUUUGGCAACUGAGAAAGAACGAAGAAACGACAUACAAGCCUACAAACAAAUGGACACUGACGCGUUUAGGUGUGUUUUGUGACUGUUUUGUUCGCAUCGGACAGCUGCGUGCCACGGAAUGUAACAUCUUCCAUCUUAAGUUACCUGGACAAGAAAUCUCGGUGGGUAAACUGCUGCUGUCAUUAUCAUGAUCAUGAUGCCAACCCUGCUCCUCGUCCUGAGCUUAUGUUUCUGGGGUUGUCAUUGCAACGCCCGCACAACACCCCGAGUGCACCUGACAUAUAAAGAGUUACUGGAGACAAAAACCAUACGGCCGUUCAGUUUCUCCUUCAACACCAGCGACUACAGAAUCCUGCAUAUGGACCAAGACCAAGGCCGGCUCUACCUGGGCAGCCGUGAAUAUCUGGUCUCUCUAGACAUGCAAAAUGUCAAUAAAGAACCCCUUAUCAUACACUGGCCAGCAACAGCACAAAGAAAAGGGGAGUGUAAAUUAACUGGCAAAGGUGGACAGGGAGAGUGUGCUAACUUUGUGCGUCUGAUUGAGCCGUGGAACAGGACUCACCUGUACACCUGCGGCACAGGAGCUUAUAAACCCAUCUGCACCUUUCUCAACAGAGGCUGGAGAGCUGAGGAAUACCUGUUCCGGCUGGUUCCUGGUUAUGUGGACUCUGGAAAAGGAAAGUCUCCUUACGAUCCCCGCCAGGAGAAUGCAGCAGCUUUGAUAAAUGGGAACCUGUAUGCUGGAGUACAUGUGGACUUUAUGGGUACAGAUCCAGCCAUCUUCAGAACCUUGGGAGACCGUCCUGCUGUUAGAACCGAGCAGUAUGAUUCCCGAUGGUUGAAUGAGCCUGUGUUUAUAAAAAUCCAGAAGAUUCCAGACAGUGCAGAGAAGAAUGAUGAUAAACUUUACUUCUUCUUUCGGGAGAAGAGUUUGGAUGCUUCGGGGGGCAGUGCUCCAAGUGUCCUCGCCAGAGUAGGCCGAGUCUGUCUGAAUGAUGAUGGAGGUCAGAGGUCAUUGGUGAAUAAGUGGACAACGUUCCUCAAAGCACGACUGGUCUGUUCUGUGAUUGGUGCAGAUGGUGUUGAGACUUACUUUGAUGAACUGAGAGAUGUUUUCAUCCAGAGGACCCAUGAUGAACGGAACCCCAUUGUGUAUGCUGUGUUCUCCACAGCUGGCUCUGUGUUUAAAGGCUCUGCUGUGUGUGUGUACUCAAUGGCAGACAUCAGAAAUGUCUUCAAUGGACCCUUCUCUCACAAACAUGGCCACAACUACCAGUGGACACCUUAUACUGGCAAAAUUCCUUACCCUCGCCCAGGGACUUGUCCUGGAGGAACCUUCACCCCUGAUCUCCACACCACUAAAGCAUUCUCUGACGAGGCUGUAAAUUUUGUACGCGCCCAUCCGCUGAUGUAUCAAUCUAUAUAUCCAAUACACAAGCGCCCACUGGUGGUCAGGACUGGAGUUGACUACCGUUUCACCACUAUUGCUGUGGAUCUGGUGGAUGCUGUGGAUGGAAGAUACGAGGUGCUCUUCCUGGGCACAGAUCGUGGCACAGUCCAGAAGGUGAUUGUCUUACCAAAAGACAUCAGCACAACAGAAGAGCUCAUUUUGGAAGAGGUUGAGGUUUUUAAGACUCCAGCUGCUGUCAAAACUCUGAAGAUUUCGUCUAAAAGGCAACAGUUGUACGUGUCGUCAGAAAGGGGUCUUACCCAGGUGUCCCUCCACAGGUGUGCCGUUUAUGGCAAGGCCUGUUCAGAUUGCUGCCUGGCCCGCGACCCCUACUGUGCCUGGGAUGGAGAACACUGCUCUGCUUUCACCCCGGCUACCAAGAGGAGAAGCAGAAGGCAAGAUAUCAAACACGGAGAUCCUCUACGGCAGUGCAGAGGAUUCAAUGCUAAAGAGAAGCGUCUGAGGGAGACAGUGCAGUUUGGGGUUGAGGGAAGCAGCACGUUCCUGGAGUGCCAGCCAAGAUCCCCGCAGGCCUCCGUCAAAUGGCUCUACCAGAAGGACGGCAAGCGAAAAGCACUCAGUCGAGACAAAGAUGUCUUGAAGACUGGUCAUGGCAUCCUGCUGAAAUCUCUCACCCAAUUGGAUGCCGGCCUUUACCACUGCCUGGCAACCGAGAACAACUUCAAACACACCGUGGCGCGCAUCUCCCUACGGAUCCUGGACCGGGAGAUUGUGGAGGCGCUGACCGAGUCAGACGUCCCGAUCGAACCAGAGCACCGCCGCCACCAUUCCCAUCACCACCCUCCACCGCCGCCCCCUCCCCCUCAGACCAACCCACCUGCUCUCCAGCUCCACCCACAGCCUGAAGUGCGUCUCAUCAACCAGUACUGCCAGUCCUACAGGCAGCAGAUACAAAGCCAGCCACACAAAGCCAAACGCAACAACCGCAGGCACACGGGAGAACAGGAAGGGGAGGAGCUACAGGAGAGUGAAUGGAACAGCACCUGGGACCCUGCUGACCAUGUCCCAUCCAUGUGGCCCAUCAUUAUGUACUUCCUCUAGGGAAACUCGGUCCAUUUAAUAAAAUGAUUCAUUAGUUUAGUCUGAUUCAAUUGAUUCAUUAGAUGUAUCAGACUGUGUCUGAACUUGAUUGAUUGUCGUUUUGAGGUACAGUCUGAUGCACUUAGCUCCCCUAACUAAUCUAAAUCUGACUGUGAUGUGCUCACUUCCAUAGCUAGCAUUAAACCACACAGUUUUCUAAAUGAAUUCCUUAAAACGUCCAGCCACACCAGCAAAACUACUGCUGUUUUAUGUUAAAUAUAAGCUAUUCCAUUCUAAUAUUCAGUACACCAAUGACUGCAGUGUAAAUACUAUCAGAAACGUUUGAAAACAUGUACGUUGUAGAGGCUUCAAAAGGUGUUUGGGGUGAAAUUGAAAGAUUGCUGAUUUAGUCAGUCAUCUCUAAACCCCCAGACCAUAAAAUACAGUUGUGGAAGGAAUGUUUUGGAGCAUUUGAAGAUUACUACAGUUAUAGCACAAUAUAUCUUGCCAUCAUUUUGACCACUAAAGCUUUUACAUUUCUUGGCAUUUGCAAUUUUUUAUAGAGUUUUCUGUAGUAAUGUGCUUGGAAGAACAGGUCAAUUUGUAUGGACAACUAGAAGUGACGAUUAAAAUGAAAAUGAAUAUAAUAUGAAAAUAUUUGUUUAAAAUUAAUAUAAUAAUUUAAACAUUAAAAUGGAAAUAAAUCAUUUUAGAAAUUAUAAAUUGCUAACUUAUUUUUAUAAUUUUUACUUUUAAGUGUCACUUCUUCUAGUCAUCCAUACAUUUGAGCUUUAAUUUUAGUCUUGAUCCAUAACAGAAAUUUGAAAUCUUUGAACUGUAAAACAGUUCAAAAAGUGAUAUUUCAGUAUUAUUCACGUUUAUAGUUUCAGAAAAAAAAAACCCUACAGAUAGAUUGAGAAUUUAAAAUCAUUGCAAUAACAAUAUUGGACAUUAGAUUAAAAAUACAUUUAAAAAAUGUUUCACAUUUCAAAUAUGUGGAUUGUAAAACAAAGUAUUUAUUUAAUACUAAAAAUAUUAUAUAUUUUGUCUCUCUUUUUUUUUUUUUUUUUUUUUUUUUUUGUAAUGGAACAAGCAGUUCUUUGCAACAUGAUUGGAUCAUUGCCCUGGAAAUUUAAAUGUUUUAUUUGGACAAGACUGUGGACCAAAAUGACAAAAAAUAAAAGUUGUUUAUAGUGAUUAUGCAUCGGAAUUUCUCCUGUGUGAUCAAUAACGUGAAAAGCCCUGAUACGCACUUCACAUUUCAAUUUUGAUUGCAACCAAAAUACAAAUCAGUCAUCUUCUUUUGUCGUCUUGUAAAACAAAUCCUUGUCCCUAACUACUAUGAAUGAAGGGAUCUUCCCUGAUUUGAACUAUUGUAUAUAGAUGCAGUUUUUCAGUCCGGUCUCUUCUUUCUUUGACUCUGAUGAUAGUCAGACCACUAAAAACAUUCUCACUCUCAGUCCAUCGAAUUGAAACAUUUUGUAUUCCACGGUUUGUCAAUGGUGAUAUGUGGUCAUGUUUUUUGCUCGUGUAUGAACACAGUAUCUGUGCUUUGUGUUGUGUGACAAUGACACGUGUACAUAGAAAAUGUAUGUAUUCAACUAGUCACUGGUCAGGAUUCAAAUCUAACCUCCUCUCUUUCCUCAUCUGUCAUGUGACCCUCUGUCUUUCUCUUUCUCUUUUUCUCUCUCUCACCCACACCAUACACCAUAUUUAUUGUGAGAGUGUACAUAUUCAUUGUGUUGUGCUCUUUGGUGAUGGGAACGGGCCAGUUUUGAUGGAAAAUGUCAUUGUAUGUAUUGUUUAUUAACAGGACCAGGACACAUAGAGAGGUGCUGAGGAGAAAGAGGUAGAGGUUUUUGAUGAAACUAAUCAGUUAACCUGUAGACAUAUAUAAAUAUUAAAAAUUAAAAAUUUAAAUUAACCUUGGGAUUCUCAAAAAAAAAAAAAUAUGGGCAAAAAUAAUUUCUUUUUAUCAGUUGGCAUGAAAUAUUUCAUAUUUGCAGUGUGUUUUAAACCAGAAAUGUCUACCUCUUCAAGCACUUUCUAUGGAAUAUCACUUGACACCAAACUAAAGGACAAAAGCAAGGGAAACGUGUUGUGUAAUUUUCUUCUGAGAACAUAUACUUUGUCUAGCCCACUAAUGUCAUUUUUUGAAAGGAUAAGAGACUGUUUCUCUUCAUUUUAUGUUGGAAGAAUAUUUAUGACUGUAUAAGAAGCGCUUAAAGAAACGCUCUGUAGUUUUAACCCAAGACAUGUUAUCUGGUCUUCAAGGGUAGAGAACAUAUUAUAGAGUCCAAACCACACUUUCCUCUCCACAGAGAUGUUAUUGUGCAGAAUGACAUCCCACACAACUUCUCUGAAGAACUUUAAUGCCACAUAGACUUUCUUUGUCCUGUUGUGUCUUUCCUUUGGUGUUGGUUGUUGUGCUAAACAGAAACCUCCUAAAUAUGGUUGCUUCCUAAAUACUUCCUCUUUGUAUUUACCAGUGUUUGUGUAGGUUCAUGUUAAUGUGAUUGUUUGUGAUAAAUAUUAUUUUAUUAUCAAGCUAUUCUGGGAUUUGGGAGUUCUAAUAGGUGUUUUUUAAAUGCAAUAACAAUAAACUGCUGUUUUUGUUUUUA